AUGCCUGUCAACUAUCCGUCCGAAUUUCAGGGAUUUGCGAUCACCGACCCUAAGGACUGGGCCAACCCAAAGCUCACGUCGUUCCAACCCAAGAAUUUUGAGGCUCACGACGUCGACAUCGAGGUCGAGUGCUGUGGUAUCUGUGCCUCUGAACUGUUUUCUUUGAAAAACGAGUGGAGCGACGCGCCACUCAAGUGUCUGUCGUCCGCAUACGGCCCCAAGUCGCAGGUUGUGGGCCACGAGGUCGUCGGUAAGGUCGUGGCUGUCGGGUCCGACGUCACACUGUGCAAGGUGGGUGACAGAGUCGGUCUUGGUGCCCAAUGCUUCUCGUGCAUGGAAUGCCCUCGUUGCAAGUCGGGCAACGAGCAGUACUGUCCAAAGGCCGUGGGUACCUACUGUGCGAAAUACGCAGAUGGCUACGUCUCACAAGGUGGUUACGCGUCCCACGUCAGAGCCCACGAGCACUUUUGCUUCCCCAUCCCCGCUGGUUUGCCAUCCGAGCUGGUGGCCCCAUUGCAAUGUGGUGGUCUCACAGUCUACUCUCCAAUCAAGAGAAACAUCCAGGGCGUGAAGGACCCAAAGGUCGCCGUGAUCGGUAUCGGUGGUCUGGGCCACAUGGCCAUCAUGAUCUCUAAGGCCCUGGGUGCCGAGGUCACCGCCAUCUCCAGGGGCUACUCCAAGAAGGAAGACGCAACCAAGAUGGGCGCCCACCACUUCAUCGCUACCAGCGAAGAAGGCUGGGAAAAUGGCCUGGCCGACACUUUCGACCUGAUCUUGAACUGUGCCUCGUCCACCACCGCCUUGGAUUUGGACAAGCUUUUGCCAUGUUUGAAAGUCAACAAAAACUUUGUUUCUGUGGGUCUUCCUCACAUUGGCGAGGUCUUCAAUGUGAGACCUUUCACAUUCUUCAGCAACGGUUGUUGCAUCGGCUCUUCCAAGCUAGGAAACAGAGAAGAGAUCAUCGAGUUGAUGAAGCUGGCCGUUGAACACAACUUUAGACCUUGGGUCGAGACAAUUAAAGUCUCCGAAGCUGGUGUUUCCGAGGGUUUGACCAGGCUAGAUAAGGGUGACGUAAGAUACAGAUUCACCUUGACUGGCUUCCACGAAUUCUUUGGAACUGGUAAAUAG